AUGUCUCUUCAACUAGAUACUCCUGACGCGUUCCCCGCGUUCCCUUAUGAUCCCCCGUACUCCAUUCAGGUCGAUCUUAUGCGCCAUCUCUAUACCUCAAUAGAGCAGAGGGCUGUCACUAUCGUUGAAAGCCCAACAGGAACGGGCAAAACGCUAUCUCUGCUUUGUGCCGCUCUUACUUGGCUUUCAGACGAGAAGGAACGCGCACGAAGGGGAAAGUUAAAGGCGGCAGCGGACGAUGGAACGGCGAAAGACUGGGUCAUAGAACAAACGAUGGAACGAAUGCGACGCGAUCUGGAGGAUGAUGAGCGUGAUUAUGAGCAGCGUUUGGCCGAGGCAAGGCGGAGAGAAGAGGCAAUGAGACGGAUGGCCAAAGCGCGAGUGGUAAAGAAGGCUAAACACGCUCACAACUCAAAACCGGAUGAAGGUCCAGAGGACGAUGAUCAGUUUCUUCCAGAAACAGAUCAAGCCCAAACCUCAGUAGAUGGGGAAAUCAACGUAUCUGCAGCUCUUCGCGCUCUAAUGGACAAGUUGAUUGACCGCGUCCGCCGUCCUGGUCAUUUAAACGACGACGAAGAGGCUACGUGCACCAAAAUAUAUUACGCAUCUCGGACACAUUCCCAGCUUGCGCAAGUUCUUCCCGAGCUCAGUCGACUCAAACUCCGUCAUUCUCUAUCAUCUGUACAAAACCACCACUCAGAGUCAUCCCAAUACCCCACCCCGCCAUCUACACGGACGGUUUCUCUUGGUUCUAGGAAGCAAUUGUGUAUCAAUGAUGAGCUCCGAGCCAAAAGUCGUGAUUUGGACGAGUCAUGUCGAGAACUACUUGGGGAGAAAGCUGAGAAGCGUUGUCAAUACCUUCCUCGCAUCGAAGAGGACGUUAAAAUGCUUGACUUUCGGGAUCAAAUAUUGGCAUAUCCAAAAGACAUAGAAGAUCUUGCAACCGCGGGGAGACACGCUCACAUAUGUCCAUAUUUUGGAUCCAGGCGAGCCAUUCCUCAAGCAGAACUUGUGACAUUACCAUAUAACCUCCUUUUGCAAAAAUCAGCUCGGGAAGCUUUGGGGAUUGAUCUGAAAGAUCAAAUUGUCGUAAUCGACGAAGCGCACAACUUGAUACCCACCCUUCUAUCUCUCUCCACCACCCGUCUCCCCUACUCGAUAAUUGCCACAUCCCUGAUACAAGUGUGCUCAUACGUGUCCCGAUUCCGCACUCGACUUUCUGCCGUGAACAUGCUUCAUCUCAAACGACUUGUUGUAUUCUUGGAUGCAUUGAAGAAAUAUGUUUUGGAAUGGAAGGAUGCCAGGGAAGGAAAAGGACCUUCAGAGAAGACGGAAGUAAUGAAGGUGGCUGAACUAAUGGAAAAGAUGGGAAAGAAAGUCGCGGGCAUGAACUUGCUGGAGAUCGAGGGUUAUUUGAAGCGAAGUAAGGUCGCUCGGAAGAUCGCCGGAUACUCUGAUAAACAAGCUGAGAAGGAGGCUGAUUCCACUCGCAAGCAGAACAACAAGGGUACGAUCCCACCGCUUCAUGCAGUGGAAGACUUUAUGGUCUCGCUUACCAGAACAAAUGAUGAUGGGCGGGUCACAUUUACUCUUACACCUGGACUCAAUGGGGAAAACACAGUCGAACUGCAAUACCAACUUCUCAACCCUUCUCCGACCUUCACAGAAGUUGUGGAUGAAGCUCGAGCUGUGAUUCUUGCCGGCGGAACAAUGUCCCCCAUUUCAGAUGUUGUCAACCAACUCUUUUCGCAUCUGCCUCCUACCAGGGUAACAAGUUUUUCUUGUGGGCAUAUUAUUCCAGCAAUAAACCUGCAGGCGUUAGUGGUUUGCAAGGGACCCCGUGGAGGAGAUCUCGAGUUUAAAGCUGCUCAACAGGGUGAUCCUGCUGUUAUAUCUGAACUCGGUCAAAUUCUAUUUAAUUUUGCAAGCCUCGUGCCAGCUGGCAUGAUUGUAUUCUUCCCAUCCUAUCACUUUUUAAACGUGGCUAAAGCGGCGUGGACGAAGAGUGGAAUGCUGGAGAAGUUUGGUUUGAAGAAAACCACCUUCUUUGAGCCAGAAGAAUCGGUGGAUGUUGAGAAAGUGCUUCAAGAGUAUGCAAAAUCCAUAACAGUAUGCUACCAGAUCUCAAGUCCAACGGGGAAGAAAGGAGGAGCACUCCUCUUCGCUGUAAUUGGAGCCAAGCUUUCCGAAGGUUUGAACUUUGCCGAUGACCUUGCGCGUGCCGUCGUCAUCGUCGGACUUCCUUUCGCGAAUCUUGCAUCGCCGGAGUUACGAGAGCGGAUGAAGUACGUGAAAAGGCUGGAGGAGAAACGGGGAGAUGCUGCAGCCGAGUUGUAUGAGAAUAUGUGCAUGAAUGCGGUCAAUCAAAGUAUUGGUCGAGCAGUGCGUCAUAAGGGCGAUUGGGCAUCACUGCUCCUUCUGGAUCGGAGGUACGCGACUGCGUCCAUUCGAAACAAGCUGCCGAAAUGGAUUGGAAGUGGGCUCAUUGUCAGGGAUGGAUUCGGUCCGACUGUAAAGGAAAUGGGAUCCUUUUACAAGGGUAAAAGGGACCCUAACAUGCAAUGA